AUGCAUAACGGAGGCAGGGGUGGAGAGCCUACGCAAAAAAAAUUGAAGUUGAGCGACAACCCGUUGAGGGCGGCAAGCAGCCAAGGCGAAAACGACGGACCUGUGGAGGCCAACAACGGAAUCUCAGCCAUCAACAUCCACCUGGAUGCGAUCGACCCGAGGAUCCUCAAGGACUAUGCCGAACGAAGCCAAAAUACGACCUUCAUCGGACACAGGCGAGGACCGAAUUUCUGGAUUUUCUAUGAGUGA